AUGAUAAUUUACUAAGUCGAAUGUUUCAUCAAUCUCAGAGUAUCAGAGUUUUAAUAAGCGUUGCUUCUUACUCAUUUCAAGCAAGGUCUAGCCAUUCACGCAUAAAUACUUAAAUAUUCAACAAGCAUUUCUAGAAAUAUUCACAUUAAUAGCACACAUCAGUGUGAUCCCCUUAUUCACAAGUAAUUUUUAAAAUAAGAUUCUAUAAGCAUCGAGAUCGUCACAUCAUUUAAAAAAGCUCAAUGGAAAAGAUUACAUACAAGAAUUGAUUUAGUAUCUUCAUCUAGAGAUCUUUUAACAGAUAAAGAUAACUUUGAUGAUAUAUCAUAAAAUGAUACUCCAAUCGAUGUAAAGAACUCUUCAAAAUUAAGAAAGCCGAUUAUUGAAUCUUUUGAGAAUCAUGCUAGUCAGAACUGUAAGGAUAAUGAGCAGUAUGGAAUAUUGGUUGAUCAAGAAUCUUCAAUAAGAGCUAAAGAUAGUAGGUCAAUGAAUGAAAGCUAGUAGGUUCUGAGGAAACAAGACAGUUUCAACUCUUUUAAUCAUCUGAAAACUAAAGUCUAAGAGGAAAAUGAGGAAUCAAGCAGAAAUAUAAAUAACAUGCAAUAUGACUCCUCCAAAAUCAUAGAAAGCUAGUCUUCAAUAAAGAAUAAAAAAGGGAGUAUUAGAAUAGGUACAUAGGGAGAUGAAAAACUAAAAGAUUAAUACACUUUGCCUCCUAUUGUGAAUGAAAAGAAUAAGAGGAUGGCAUAGGAAUCAUUUCACGAGGUAGAUGAAAGUCUUGACUUAAGAUUAACAAAAAGAAUUAGUGCUAAGAGAAAACUUAGAAAAAUUUCAAAAGGUUCCAAAGAUUAAGUAAUUAGUAGUGGUUCUUCAUAGGAUCUGCCUCUCACUGCUUUAAACACAACCUUAGUAAAAUAAAAAACUAGAAACGAAGAUAAAAGCCUUGAUAAGAUUGAUAAUAAUAAAUCCAAUUAAUCAUCUUUUCAACCUCCUGAUUCGGCUAAGAUGAAUGAAGAAAUUCUAAAGAAAGUUGAUUUUUAUAACGAGAGGCUAAUGGAUGAUUAGAGACACUAAGUAUCAGAAAAUGAAGAGCAUGCUCAAAGACUUUGA